UUGUACGAAUGGUGCCUCCUUCCCUCGCUCCGUGUACGCAUGUCUGUAGAUUUUGGGCACACAACUUAACUGCUUGAAACGCUCAAACGUCGCUAUUCUCCUUCCAUCAUGUUGUUAUAGUUGUGUCUUUUGUUUUUCCCACUGAAGCCUUUGAGUUGACCGGUACCAGGAGGAAGACCGGGCUCCUCUGCAGAGAAAAGACCGAGCAGAAAAAGAGAAGAAUGCAAGAUUGUAGUGCGACUCUAGUCUUUUUCUUGCAUUGAUUUCUGCGGUAAGCUCGUCUACACCGUCGGACUGAAAGAAUACAGAAUCUUUAACCUUUUGUUCUCCUCAAUGCACGGCCACUAGGAAAGAAGAGCGGAGGAAAGCGGUGCAACGUUACAAGUCGGACAUCACCGAGGAGCCAAAAGCGGGGUCUCACCCUAAAACCAGAGGCACGAUGUCAUCUACGAAAUUUAAGAAGGACAAGGAGAUCAUAGCGGACUAUGAGACCCAAGUGAAAGAGAUCCGCAACCAGCUGGUGGAACAGUUCAAAUGCUUGGAGCAGCAGUCUGAGUCUCGGAUCCAGUUGCUGCAGGACCUGCAGGAUUUCUUCCGCCGCAAAGCAGAGAUCGAAAUGGAAUACUCCCGCAGCUUGGAGAAACUAGCCGAGAGGUUCUCCUCCAAGAUCCGCAGCUCCAGGGAACAUCAACAAUUCAAAAAAGAUCAGCACCUGCUGUCCUCAGUAAACUGCUGGUACUUGCUGCUAAACCAGAUCAGGCGCGAGAGCCGUGACCACGCCACCCUCAACGACAUCUACACCAACAAUGUCAUCAUUCGCUUGGCCCAGAUCAGCGAGGAUAUCAUCCGUCUUUUUAAGAAGAGCAAGGAUAUUGGGAUCCAGAUGCACGAGGAGCUGGUGAAGGUGACGAAUGAACUCUACACUGUGAUGAAAACAUAUCACAUGUACCACACUGAAAGCAUUAGUGCAGAGAGCAAGUUGAAGGAUGCAGAGAAACAGGAGGAAAAGCAGUUCAGCAAGUCCGGAGAUCUCAACGUGAACCUCCUGCGCCACGAAGACCGCCAACCGAGACGCAGCUCUGUCAGGAAAAUCGAGAAGAUGAAAGAGAAGAGGCAAGCCAAGUACUCGGAGAAUAAACUGAAAUGCACAAAAGCUCGGAAUGACUAUUUGUUGAACCUGGCAGCAACAAAUGCAGUUGUGGCAAAAUAUUACAUCCAUGAUGUCUCUGAUAUGAUCGAUUGCUGUGACCUGGGUUACCAUGCUAGCUUGGCACGCACCUUCAGGACCUACUUGUCUGCUGAGUACAACUUGGAGACAUCACGCCAUGAGGGACUGGAUGUCAUAGAGAAUGCAGUGGACAACCUGGACUCUCGCAGUGACAAGCACAAAAUCAUGGAUAUGCAUAACCAGGUGUUCUGUCCUCCAAUGCGCUUCGAGUACCUGCCACACAUGGGAGAUGAGGUGUGCCAGGUGAGUGCCCAGCAGCCUGUCCAGACUGAACUUCUGAUGCGAUACCACCAAUUGCAGUCACGCUUGGCCACGCUAAAGAUUGAGAAUGAAGAGGUGAGAAAGACCUUGGAUGCCACCAUGCAAACGCUGCAGGAUAUGCUGACAGUGGAGGACUUUGACGUGUCGGACGCCUUCCAACAUAGCCGCUCCACUGAAUCCAUUAAGUCUGUGGCCUCUGAGUCCUACAUGAGCAAGCUAAAUGUGGCCAAGAGGAGGGCAAACCAACAGGAGACUGAAAUGUUCUACUUUUCAAAAUUCAAGGAGUACCUGAAUGGCAGUAACCUCAUUAUUAAGCUUCAGGCCAAGCAUGACUUACUGAAGCAGGCACUGGGUGAAGGGGAAAGGGCUGAGUGUGGAACUACAAGGCCCCCCAUCCUUCCCCCUAAACCACAGAAAAUGCGGAAGCCUAGGCCACGUUCCAUGUUUAACCAUAAGCUGUUUAAUGGCAACAUGGAGACCUUCAUCGAGGAUUCAGGUCAACCAAUUCCACUUGUUGUCGAAAGCUGUAUCAGAUACAUCAAUCUAUACGGGUUGCAGCAGCAAGGCAUAUUCCGUGUACCGGGAUCACAGGUGGAGGUCAAUGAUAUUAAAAACUCAUUUGAGAGGGGUGAAGAUCCCUUGACUGAUGACCAAAAUGAGCAUGAUAUUAACUCAGUGGCAGGGGUGCUGAAGCUGUAUUUCAGAGGACUGGAAAACCCUCUCUUCCCAAAGGAACGGUUCCUGGACUUCAUUUCUACUAUCAAGCUGGAGUCUGGAGCUGAGAGAGCACAUCACCUUCAACAGAUUAUUGUGACGCUUCCUCGGACCAUCAUAAUCGUCAUGAGAUACCUGUUUGCUUUUCUCAAUCAUCUCUCCCAGUACAGUGACGAGAACAUGAUGGAUCCAUACAAUUUGGCCAUCUGCUUUGGUCCAACACUGAUGCCCAUCCCAGAUGGCCAGGAUCCCGUAGCGUGUCAGGCGCACGUCAAUGAGGUCAUCAAGACCAUCAUCAUCCAUAAUGAAGUCAUCUUUCCCAGUCAGCGUGAGCUGGAUGGCCCAGUGUAUGAAAAGUGCAUGACUGGAGGGGAGGAGUACUGUGACAGCCCUCACAGUGAACCAGGAACUAUUGAUGAGCCCGACAAUGGAACUGAACCACAUACUAGUGAUGAAGAGGUUGAACUGAUUGAGGCCAUUGCCAAGUUUGACUAUGUGGGACGCAGUCCAAGGGAGCUGUCUUUCAAAAAGGGAGCUUCUCUUCUUCUCUAUCACCGAGCAUCUGAAGACUGGUGGGAGGGGCGUCAUAACGGCGUGGAUGGCCUCAUCCCACAUCAGUACAUUGUAGUACAAGACCUGGAUGAUGCUUUCUCAGAUAAUCUUAGCCAGAAAGCAGAUAGUGAGGCGAGCAGUGGACCACUGCUGGAUGAUAAGGGUUCAUCCAAAAAUGAGACACCAUCACCAUGUGAACAGUCACCUGAUUACAGCUUCGGAGGAGUCAUGGGGAGGGUAAGGUUGCGGUCCGAUGGAGCUGCAAUCCCUCGUCACCGGAGUGGCAUGGACACCCAAAGUCCUACCAGAGCAGCUGACACGCCACCACGAGCUGCAGCCUGCCCCAGCAGCCCCCAUAAGGUAUCCAUAAGCAAGGGUCGUAUAGAGAGCCCGGAAAAGAGGCGCCUUGGUACCUUUGGCAGCGCGGGAAGCAUCAACUACCCAGACAGGAAGGCCUAUCCUGAAGGCCACCCGCUGAGACCCAUGCCAGGGGCAACUCGUCACAGCAGCCUCGGGGACCACAAAUCACUGGAGACAGAUGCUCUGGCUGAGGACAUAGAGAAGACUAUGACCACAGCGCUCCAUGAGCUGCAUGAGCUGGAGCGACAGAACACCGUUAAGCAGGCCCCUGAUGUAGUCUUGGACACCCUAGAACCCAUGAAGAACCCGGUGAGCUCUGAGCCUGGAAGCCCGCUGCAUACCAUUAUGAUUCGUGACCCGGACGCAGCCAUGCGCCGCAGCAGCAGCUCCACCUCUGAGAUGAUGACCACCUUCAAACCCACUCUCUCCGCCAGGCUGGUCGGGGCUCAGCUCCGCCCCCCGCCCAUGAGGCCCGUACGCCCUCCUCCGGCACAGCACCGCUCAAGCAGCUCUAGCUCAUCAGGGGUCGGCAGUCCAGCUGUAACUCCCACUGAGAAGAUGUUUCCAAGUAACAGUUCAUCUGCUGGUUCUAAUAUGAAUACAUCCGGUGAUGCUGGGGAAAAGUCUGGUACCAUGUAGCAAAGGUGGAAUCCACUAGGUGUGAAGGCUGUAAUGCUUUCCUAAUGAGGGAAAAGCUUAUGGAAAUGGGUACUAAUGUGUGACAAGCAGAUCUGGAUAUUUCCCACUCUGUUUUCUCCCUAAUUUAAAUCAUAUAUUCAGGAUGUUCCUGAAGCAGGCUUGCAGUAUGUUACCAUGGUGAUAAGGCGGUGGAAAAAAGCUGUAGAGGUGUGACUGCAUAAAGCUGAGCUCUUUUUGAUACUUGAUAGAACUCCAAUUUAAGAAUAUGUAUUUUAGUUUUACCUUAAUUUCAACAAAAACCUAUGGCCAUGUUCUUGUUUCAGAGAUACACUGAAUGCAAGUGAAGCAAUAUGUGUGUGAAAUUUGGUAUUAGUUCCUAUCCAGCACACACAGUCCAUUUGAUGUUUCAGUCACUCUGCUGAUGUGUAUGAAAACACCUCAUGGACUGGUAUAGAUGUGACGUUCAGGCUAAAAUGCCAUAUCUGUUUAUCAUUUAGGGCACAGGCCUUAUGGCUGCACAUACAAGCUUACUUGAAAUUGCCAUUCUUUCUGUAUGUUUUACAGGUCAGUGGAUGUUCAGCAAGGUAACAAUACAGUGGCAUUAUAUAACCCGGAAUGCAGGGUUUGGAGAAAAUAAAGGAAACAUUAAAGCCCUGUAUCACUGUGAUCUGUAGUGAUGCAGAGGGGUUCUCAUAUGGUUAUUGUAGGCAACAAAUAUUAUUACAUUAAUACAACAUUAAUAAAGUUUCAGAUUCCAAAUAUUUGACAAAGUAAUAAAUAAUGACCUUACAGUGUUAAAGUUUAAAUAUGUCAUGUCUGUUGCUGUGCCAUUCAGUGCUGAAAAUGAAAGCAUCCUGGCAUGAAGAAUGAUCUCUGAAAUCUUAGACAAUACAAUCAGAACUUUGCAUAGGAUCGUGUGCAGAAGGCAGACCAAUGGAGCUGUUUCCAUGCUCUUCUGUGUCGUGCACAUGAAAUACAGAAAACUAACACAUCAACUACCUUUGGAAUCCUGUGGUAAACUUGUACAUAAUAUAUAGCUAGUCAUUUUUUAAGUGUUAAUCUUGUACAGGCUACUACAAAUAGGCAAUGGGUUGAUGUGACUGGCAUUUGUAAAGAUUAUUAAACACUUUUAUUUGUCAUUUCCAAUAAACAAAACACAUCGUCUUUGACUAUAAAAUAUAUUUCAAAUCACCUACCUUAUACUGUGUGCUUAGAAUGCAAUGUAAUUGUACUGUAAAAGACUGUUGGACAGACCACAGAGAUUAAAUAAAUGUUUUCUCCGUUAUCUUUUGCCCAUUUCCACACAAUUUGCAAAACUUGAACUGUUUCCUGUUGAAGUUUGAUUUUCUUAAGUAACACUGAAAAAUGCCCUUUGACAGUUCCUCUUUCAAGUGUAAGAUGUGAACCUCAUCACAAGGAACUCAAGAGUCAGUGUUGUGACAUCCUUCCUUCCUUCUUCUACCCUUUUCUUAUCUUUGUUUAUAGAUAGAGUUUCAGUCUAACAUUUUGUUUUUUUGUUUCUUGUUACAUUGGUUGAAGACUAAAUAAGAACGUUUCAGUGUUUAUACCUGUACCUCCUGUCAUCCUGACAGCUCUGGUGCAGAGACCUUGUGAUCCGCAUCCCAAAGAGCCUGCUCUGUUCUGCAUGUUUUGCGCUGUAAUAUCUGACUCAUAUCAGUGAAACAGUGGCUGUAUGUGGUGCCUUGCCUAAAAACGCACAAAUAAUUCCAAUAUUGGACUUUUUUUUUUUAAAGAAGCGGGCCUUAACAUUUACGAGGGUUGGAAAUGAUAAAAUAAGCCGCUUGUACCAGUUGCUAAAAUAGACGUGAAUGAGAAAUAACAAUGCUUGAUUGAGCAAAAGAGAAUAUUAGCAUGUUAGCCAGGCACUGAUUCCAAUGUUAAAUCUGCAGUUGUUCUGUACAUUCUGCAGUGUUACUGAGACAUGCUGUAAAUUGAAAAUAUUCACUUGUUGUCAAUGUAUUGUCUGGUUCUUAUUUGUCACAGAUACAGGUACUAAUAUUCAGGGUGGGAGAGAGUUCCUACAGCCAGAAAAAGGCAAUACAGCAUUUAAAGUCAUACAGCGCACUCACACCCUCUGCUGGUUCCUGCUGGGUAUUGCAUCUUGUUCUGAACCAGUGGGCACCAUCACCACCACAUGGUCAAUGUGAAUGUGAUCCAGAGCUGAGAACUUAAUUACCUGGUUAAUCCAUCUUCUUACUGUCUGUCCUCAUCACAGUUUUGCACCUGUUGAAAACUAUAUGACAAAAAAAGCAUACUGUAUGUUUACUGAGAUACAAAGGAAGCACACAAUUUCAAAGAGUGAAAUUAUCAUUAUUACAUUUAACUAGAUUAUUUUUUUUUAAUUUAUAGACACUUGUGUAAGUGAAGCAGAACAAAUCUGAGUGCCUUUUGUGCACAACAUAAAUUUUUAUUGGACUUGUAUAUUUGCUUUUUUAAUUGUAAUGUUGUAUAAGUUGCCAUGUUUAUUAUAAACUGAUGUUGCUUUUAUAUCUUUUACUUUCUAGUGCUACUCAGUUGAUAAGCCACAGCAAAGACUACAUUGUGUAAAGAUAUUCUGCUCUUGAAUUCCAUCAUGAACUGCUCAUUUGUGUUUGGGUGAUCUCUGAAGAAUAGGAGACAUAAAAACUACUGUAUACACAAUCUACUGGUAAAGUUCAGGAGAAUCAUCUCAAAAUACUUCUGUCAUCUUUUUGUUUACCCUGUGAACUGCCUGUGCUGUGCUUGAGCCAUAAUUCUUGUCAUUUAGCUCCCUCUCUUCCAACAAUGAAGCACUGCAGUAUUGUUGGCAGCAGCCAGAUUAAUAUGGACCCUCUACGUGUAGAGGUUAUAUAGCACUCGGCGCACUCUCAUUUUCCCCACAUGUAAUGUAUGCUAAAAUGGAGAACACUGUUUGUCUGCUGACAUUAGUUUACUAAUCAAAAAGAACAUCACAGUGAGAUAGCAGACUGCCGUGGGGUUGGAGUGUGAGUUGCUGUCACGCUGUUUACCUUUAACUGUUUGUCUAGUGAUGCUGUUUGUUGAUGAGUGUCUGGUUGGUUGAAACCCUGUGAUGUAAUGUACACCAUGCUUUUGCUGGAUGUCGAAAACCCCUGCGUCCAAAUAAAAACAUUAUAGUUCUGUGAUCCAGA